GUAGUGCAAGGCUAGACAGACCCCCAAUCCGAAUUGAUAAACUUUUCCCGUUUCCCCAUAUCAUCACCGUCUGCCUUUCUUCUCUUCCCACCCCGUCUCCCCCAUAUCCCGACCCUGCCUUUUUCUCCUUCCCCGUGGUUCGGCGCCGUGCUGUCUUUGCUUCGUUGCGGACGGUGGUUUGCUUAGGGACUCGAAGUUGAGAGAGUCAAUUACUUUCUAGUCCUUCCUUUCGUCCCGCCCGCUGCAUCAGCUAAGCUCAGCUAAGCUCAGCUUUGGGGCAGAGAGGUGCUCGCGACCAUACACUUUAGCUACUGAGGGCCGUCGCAUCCGCGCUCGCCGGACAACCCGAGCCACCAUGGACAACCCAGCAUCCGCUACCUUUUAUGAGCGCCUGCCGCUCCCGACCAUUGACCGGCCCUUCGGGAUCCAGCUAUGGCCUAUUUUCGAUAAAGCAUGGACCUUCUUCACCGGCUACCCAGUCAGCGAGUUCCGCUUCGUCGCCGGGGAGACGCCCAUGUCCACCCUUAAGGAGACGGGCAUCUUCGUCGUCCUCUACUACAUCAUCAUCUUCGGCGGACGCGAGAUCAUGCGCGGCCGCGAGCCCUUCAAGCUCAAGGCCUUUUUCCUGGUUCACAACUUCUACCUUACCGCCAUCUCCGGUAUACUGCUGGCCCUCUUCAUUGAGCAACUGCUGCCCACCGUUGUCCGAAGGGGCGUCUUCUAUGCCAUCUGCGACCAUGAUGGUGGCUGGACACAGCCUCUCGUUGUGCUCUACUACCUGAACUACCUCACCAAAUAUCUCGAGCUGCUGGACACCGUCUUCCUCUUCCUCAAGAAGAAGCCAUUGACUUUCCUUCAUUGCUACCACCAUGGCGCCACCGCUGUCCUGUGCUACACUCAACUGCUUGGAAGCACCUCCGUGUCCUGGGUUGUCAUCUCCCUCAACUUGACUGUCCACGUUCUCAUGUACUGGUACUACUUCCAGAGCGCACGUGGUGUUCGUAUCUGGUGGAAGGAGUGGGUUACCAGGCUCCAGAUCAUCCAGUUCAUCAUUGAUCUUGGUUUCGUCUACUUCGCGUCCUACACCUACUUUACUUCCACCUACUUCACCUGGAUGCCCAACCAUGGCAAGUGCGCCGGCGAGGAGUUCGCCGCCUUUGCUGGUAUCGGCGUUCUCACGUCCUACCUGGUCCUCUUCAUCUCUUUCUACAUCGCCACUUAUAAGAAGGAUUCCAAGCCCAACCACCGCAAGUCGCUCCGCCGCAUGUCUCAGGCUCCUCUGCCCGACCCCCAUGACCUCGUGCACGGCAUGUCCGGCAACAACGGCAUCCUGAACGGAGAUGUCAAGACCACUGGUGCGGCGAAGCCCAACGGCACUACCACGCGAUCCCGAAAGGCGUAGGGGUCCCACCGGAUCUCGAACGAAUGGCAGCAAUUAGAGACCAACAUCCAAGAAGCGUUUCGCGCGAUCGGCGACCCGCAGCCGCCAUCGUUCAGACACGUCCGGGGUCUGAGCGUUCAAUCGGCGCCAGAAUACAGCAGCUAAAGAUUCAUGCCACGGCACCAGGAGUAUUGGGUUCUUCAGCUGUAAUGUAGUAUUUUUUGAAUAUGUUAUGUACCCGCCAGCGCCACGGGAAUCACGGAACUGGGUUGGCGGCUUUGUGGUCCUGGGCACAGGCGCGGUCGAAAAGCUUGGGUGUGGGUUACUUGAAGUGAAAUGAGUGUUGGGACAUGCGAAAUGAUUCAUCGGUCCGGGGCGGCUGUUUGGGACAAGACAAGACAAGACAAGACAAGACACUGGGACACGGAAGGGCUCGGGCGAGGCUCAUUGACGACCAAGGCAACGCAGCGGGGCUCUCUCCGCCUCAACCCUUCUUUCGAGGCGCCGAGAAGCUGCGUUGCCAUUUUCACGACUUCGCUGUCACAUAUUGGCAUUAGAACUUUCUGUGGCCAGUGCGCCAAAUAGGGCGCUGGUGCCAGGAUAAUGCAUAAUAAUCGGUCUUCGGACAUAGAAACAAACCUCUUGCCCGGUUCCUGAUCAGAUCUGCUCCAUACGAUUCCAUCGCAGUGCUGUAGAGGUAAUUAAUGAUCGCAUGUCGACAUCUAGACGGGUAUAUAUCGAUAAGUGUGUGUGUCCGUGGCCCAUUGGGGUCAACACUUGUACAAGAAGAUUGGUUUCGAGUGCGUGCACCGUUGUUUG